UAAGCACCAAAAUUGUUGCCUUCUGUACAAAUAGCAGUAGCAUGAUCGCCACAGGUGCAAAGGAGUUGUUGCUGGAAGAGAUACGGAGAAUGGUGACAGAGUGUCAAGACAAGGAGGAGAUGAUGUGGAGUUACCGUGGUCAGUGCGCGCUGGAGGGGCGACUUGAUGGAUUCUUGAAGGAUCUCACCUGGAGCACCAGCACAGAGUUUGAUCAAUGCAUCCUUGCCUGGCAUUUUGCCACCGACAAGUUCCUGAGGCAGUUAAAAUCUACAGAUGCAAGGGGGGCCCUCGUGGAAGCAACCAAGACAGUCUCCAACUACAUGAUGUUCCUCCUUGUGGAACGUCCCUAUAUGUUGCCAUCCCCUGUUCGACCCACACUGCAUCUCAAAGCCAGGCAAGAGUUGCAGGCAAAGGGUGCUGCUGGAGUCCUUGCUCCUGGAAGACAACUCGACCAUGAACUAAUCAAGAAGCUGCAGAUGCUCUACACCAGAAAAAUGAAGUUGAAAAAAACGGCGUUGAAGAUGCCAGCAGAGCCCAAUCUAGAGUUACUGCGGGUGGUUUUUGGAGUGUGGGUGGAGAUGUUAUGCUACGCAGCGCACCACUGCAGCAGGGAGUCCCAUGCCAGGCAGCUCAGCAGUGGCGGAGAGUUGAUAACAGUCGUCUGGCUUCUGACCACGGCCGAGUUCGAUCGCGUCUACUACAAGGAAACAAACUUCAAGGAGCGAAAGCAUGGUUCUAUCUGGAAUUUCCUGAAUUUCGUGGAUUCCACGGAUUUCAUCAAAUCCGUUACGGAUUUCAUCAAAUCCAUUGCAAGUUUCCUCAAAGUACUCAUUCUGCAAACAUGCUACGGAAUAUUUAUCUUUAUUUAUGCAAUAGGUUUCUGUGUUUUUUUACCAUUAUUUUUGCCGUUUAGGGUAAUGUAUUCCAUUUGUGGCUUCCCAAGACCAGGGAAUGUUCUCCGUAGGAUAUUCGGCAUGUAAGGCAUUGUGAAUUUGAUUUGGAUUUGUUUGAACGUAAAGAGAACAAGACUAGA